AUAAGCAGCAGGAAGAAAAACAAGCCGGCAGCUUCUCUUUUCAGCUCGUCCAGAGAAGCUGUGACCUGUCAGCGUGACCGGCCUCGAAAAAGGCGCUGAGCAGCGGCAUGAACUCAGUCCAGACCAGCUUUACUGAGAAGCACCCAUAACCUCCCUCAUCCCCGGACUCGGAGCCUUUCUGUGGGCGAUGUUUGACCUAAAAGGAGGCUGGAACAUCUCGUUCGCCGGCUGCGGGUUUUUGGGCAUUUACCACAUCGGCGUGGCGAGCUGUCUGCUGGAGCAGGCGCCCUACCUCAUCCACGGAGCCACCAGGAUCUACGGAGCUUCAGCAGGGGCGCUGACCGCCUCUGUCCUCACCAGCCAGGCAUGCUUAGAAAAAUGCUGUGAGGAUGUGAUUGACGUGGCUAAGGAGGCCCGGAAGCGUAACCUGGGUCCGCUGCACCCCACCUUCCACUUAGUCAAGGUUCUGCGUUCCGGCCUGCAGCGGGAUUUGCCUGAAGAUGCACACUCUCGCGCCUCUGGAAAACUAUGCGUGUCCCUCACGCGUGUCAGUGAUGGGGAGAACGUGUUGGUCUCAGACUUCAGCUCCAAAGAUGAGCUGAUCCAGGCGCUCAUCUGUAGCUGCUUCAUCCCUGUAUACUGUGGUCUGAUACCUCCUGCCUUCCGUGGAGUUAGGUAUGUGGAUGGCGGGUUCAGUGAUAACCUCCCCCAGUCGGAACUGAAGAACACCAUCACCAUCUCCCCGUUCUCCGGAGAGAACGACAUCUGUCCCAAAGAUAAUUCCAGCAGCUUUCACGAGCUGCGGCUCACCAACACCAGCAUUCAAGUCAAUUGGGGAAACGUGUACAGGGUCAGCAAAGCCCUCUUCCCUCCAGAGCCCAAGGUGUUGGCAGAGAUGUGUCAGAGUGGGUACAAAGAUGCCUUCCGGUUCCUCAAGGACAACAAUCUGUUGAGAACCGAGUGCCCAACCACAGACCUUGCCCUGACGCAGGACCCGCCCCCCUGCUGCUGCUCGGGUGUCAAAAACUCUGUCGUCACAGAAUCCACAAAGGAGUGGAUGCUGCGGAGACUCCGCCUCUUCAGGAAGCACCACUGGUGGCUGGAUGAGCAGCUUAUUGAUAACCUGCCCACACCCAUUAAGAAAGUGUUCUGUGAAGCGUGUAGGGAGAAACACGGCCUGUUUGGUCAGCUCACUGCCCUGUUGCCAGUCCGAGUGGCCUCCUACAUGCUAUUGCCCUGCACUCUGCCGGUGGAGUCGGCCUACUCUGCAGUCCAGAGGUUUGUGGAGUGGAUUCCAGAGGUGCCUGCAGACGCACGCUGGCUUUACGAGAUGGCAGGAAGUGUUUACAAACACGCCUGGAAGGGAGUGUCCCCAAAACCGGGCAGUGGCAUUCCAAUGCGACGGUGUGUGAGUGGGCCGCCUACGCUAGACCUGCAGCCACCUGCUAUGGAGCUUGAUGGACACCUGCCGUUUUCCGCCACUGAUCUCCAUGGUUACGGCUGGGAUUCGCCCACCAGCCCUCAGCCGCCUCUCAGUCCGUGCACGUCCAGCCCCGCCCCUGAACAGAUCUGCUUUUUCCUUGGCUCACAGGACGACUCCGACAGCUGAACGCACCAGCACAUGGACAGUGUGCAUAGACAUGAAUGGACAAUGGCCAAGAGUACUGGCUUUGUCUCACGACCUCCGUGCUACACGAACAGGCACUGAGAAAGAUGGGCCAAGUUUAUGCAGAUGCACAUGACUCAUGUCUGUCAAGCACAAAUGAUAGCCGCUCUUUAAGAACCAAAGACCUUUCUCUAUUUCAUUUUUGACCACGAACAUGGGCCUAAGCUCUUAAGUGCACUUAAAACAACAAUAACAAAAUUUGCAUUCAAAUGUGAUAUUAACAAACAUUAACAUGCACAAUAGUUAAAGGUGUGGAAUGUUCUUUUAUGACAAUCGUAAAAAUUACGAGCUGGUUUUCAUAACGAUCACUGCGACGUUUGAGGUUACAUCCUAUUCUUACAACCCUUGUACAAGAAAAAACAAGAAUGUGCCUUUUGUCAACAUGUACUUUAAAGGGGACAUUCAAGCAAAAUUUCUAAAUUUCUGCAUAGUUCAGUGGUUGAGAUGUAAACGAGGUCAUUCAGAGUGGUUUGAUGUAAAAUGGUUCAUUGUAGAGAAAUUCAUCAACUCAGAUUAUAUUACAGUGGUGGUGAUAGGAACCAGAAGAUGCUUACAAUGCAAAUAUAACCAUUUUAUUCACAAUCUGAAACAAUCAGUGAACCUAAACACGUGUUCUGAGGUUUCGUAUGUGAUGUCGAUGAUGGUAAAAUAGUGGUAAAUCUG